UUAAACGUCAUCAUGCUCAGCUGACUGUGACUGCUCGAGACAAGAUUAGAGAUGCUUGUGUUUGGUUGUGUUUUGCUUUAGUUAAUCUACUAAUCUACUACAACUUGCAUACAAUAUCUGAGCCAUGUUGAGGUUAACUUGACACCUCGGUUAAUCGUUUUCUAAACAUUUUAGCGAGUAGACAAGGCUGCCAUGCUCAGUCGCAGACAUGCAGUGGAUAGUUUUGUCUGUCUUUGCGUUACUACUUAAUAUUACCGAAACUUCAACAACUUCAUAUGUCAUCACAGUGGAUGUGGCGAGGCCAGUAGGAGAUCUUAAACACUUCUGGAGAAGCACUGGUUUCUGCCCUCCACUCCCUCACACCGAUGCCCACCUAUUUGACCUGAACAUAGACCAGCAGCUAAACCUGGCUUAUGUGGGCUCAGUCCCCCAUGGAGGGAUCCAGCAGGUCAGGAUACACUGGAUGUUGGAGCUGGUCACUGCACAGGAUAUUGGAGGACAAACCCAGUACAACUUCACUAAACUGGACCAGCUGAUAGAUCUCUUGUGGAUUAAUGGACUCCGACCAGGUUUUGAACUCAUGGGAAGUGUCUCUAACUACUUCACUGACUUUGAGGACAAGUCACAAGUGUUUGAGUGGAGAAAUCUGGUUUAUCUCAUAGCCAAGAGGUACAUCGAACAGUACGGCCUGGGGAGUGUCUCUCAGUGGAACUUUGAAACAUGGAAUGAGCCAAACAACCACGACUUUGAUAAUGUCACUGUGUCAAUUCAAGGGUUUUUAAACUACUAUGAUGCUUGUUCCGAGGGUCUGCGCGCUGCCAGCAGUCUCCUUAAGUUUGGGGGUCCGGGGGACUCCUGUCAUUCCCCUCCACACUCACCGUACUGCUGGGCUAUGCUGCUGCACUGCUUCAAUGGCACAAACUACUUCACUGGAGAGACGGCGGUCAGGAUCGACUACAUCGCCCUGCACAAGAAGGGAGGAGGCUUCUCCUUGCCCAUCCUGCAACAGGAGAUCCAAACGAUGGGGGAGAUCAAGGAGCGCUUCCCCAGGUUCAGCAGCCUCCCUGUCUACAACGAUGAGGCUGAUCCGCUGGUUGGCUGGUCCCGGCCUCAGGAGUGGAGAGCGGAUGUGACCUACGCUGCGAUGGUGGCAAAGGUAAUAAAUCAGCACCAGGAACUGCUACUGGCUGACCCGACAAGCACCAUCAACUACACCCUGCUCAGCAACGACAACGCCUUCCUCAGCUACCACCCGCACCCCUUCACCCAGCGCACGCUCACCGCUCGCUUCCAGGUCAACAACACCCAGCCGCCUCAUGUGCAGCUCAUCAGAAAGCCCGUCCUCUCCGUCAUGGGCCUGCUGGCUCUGCUAGGAGGAACGCAGGUCCCGGCUCAGGUUUCGAGCUCAGCAGGUACUAACGGGACAGUGGGAGUUCUCGCCAGCAUCCACAAGCCCGUAACAGAGAGCGGCUCCGACAGCUGGCAGGCAGCCGUGCUGGUGUACAACAGUGACGACAACAGCAGCUCCACUAACACUGAUGCUGUCAGCCUGUCUCUUAAGGGACUGGCUGCACAGAAGGGUCUUCUGUAUGUUACAUACUAUAUUGACAACAAUGUAACCAACCCAUACCAGCUGUGGCAGAGCAUGGGCCGCCCCGACUUCCCCACAGUCGAGCAGUUCAGACGCCUCAGGAGUGUGCAGGACCCUCAUGUUGAUGGACCCUGGGAAGUUCCUGCAGUGGACACUCUGACUCUGAAAGCCAAACUGUCUCUGCCGGUCCUCCUCCUACAUGUUUGUGCACGACCCAAAGCUGAGCCAGACCAGGUGAAUGGGUUACGCUUCAUUAGGAUCACCAAGGGCCAGGUCCUGAUCGUCUGGUCGGACCACUGUGUUGAUUCCAAAUGCAUUAAGACUUUUGAAGUGGAGUUCUCCCCAGGCCACAAGGAAUUCAGCAGAAUUAAUACUCAAGACACCAUUUUCACUUCUUAUGUUUAUUCCCCUGUGGACCUGGAGGUUGGCGGUCUGUACAGAGUCCGAGCUGUGGACUACUGGGGGAGGCCCGGCCAGUACUCGCUGCCAGAGAGGUACUCAGAAGAGCAAUGAACUUCUAAGUAAUUUUCUCAACAGUUUUUUACCAUGUAAAUACAUUUUAUAGAGAUCACUGUGCUGACUGGAUGUGUUUUAUACAGUGUGGGUGCUGUGUCAUCUUUCUUAUCAUGUAUUAUUGUACUAUAUGUAUGAUCUUUUAGACAUAUGAUAGCAGAUAAUGCGGUGUUAUUUGUAUGAAAGUGGAAUACAUAAUGUCACUAAAGGGAGGACAUAAGCGAUGAACUGAUGACAAUAUUAAAAACUGUUACAGUCAGAACAAAUAUAAUGGGUACAUGAUGAUUUUGCUAUCUUUUUCAAAACGUGUAAUAUUUUGUAUACUCUAAAUACUCUUUUAUACAAAUGUAUAAAUAUGUUCUUGUGUAAGAUAAGUAAAAAGUUGGAUCACCAAAGUUAAA